UUGACGUGUCCAUUUACGAUACAUUUGUCAUUUAAGCCGUAUUCAUUGAUUCGACCGCAUCAAACAUUUAUUUUCCAUUUAUUCCACAUUUUUUUAGAAACAAACGCAUCCAACUCCACAACAAAGAUGACGAAUUUAAGUGUAGUUCUACAAAAAUUCUACGAUGAAUACGUAAACAAUACGCCGAAAAAGUUAAAAUUGAUUGACGCCUACUUGUUUUACAUUGUCCUCACCGGUGUCACACAGUUCUUGUAUUGCUGCUUGGUCGGAACAUUUCCAUUCAACUCAUUUCUGUCUGGAUUCAUCUCGACUAUUAGUUGCUUUGUACUUGGCGUUUGUCUUCGUUUGCAAGUGAACCCAGAUAACAAACAACAAUUUGCGGGUAUUUCACCGGAACGUGGUUUUGCUGAUUUCAUUUUUGCUCAUGUUAUUCUGCAUUUGGUUGUGUUCAACUUUAUCGGCUAGAGCAAAAUUGUAUUCGAAAAAUGGAUUUUAAGCACAACGUGAUUACAAAACAGUGUUUAAAAUGCGCUGCUUCACAUACUUUCCUAUACAAAUAAAUCGUAAUUAACUGAAUAAACUUGAAUUUGUCUGCAAUAGAAUCUUAAUUGAAACAUGAAAUAAAAGAAUGUCUUUAUCACAAAAUAAUCGAAA